AUGACAUCUGCCUUCUUCAAUCUCACCUUAUCCUUUACACUAUCACUUUUAGGUACACUCAUAUUUCGCUCUCACCUCAUGUCAACUCUCCUAUGUUUAGAAGGCAUAAUAUUAUCCCUAUUUAUUAUAACUUCAAUAACUACUCUUAAUUCUAACUCUAUAAGCUCUAUGCCUAUUCCUAUUACUAUCCUAGUCUUCGCAGCAUGUGAAGCAGCUGUAGGACUGGCUCUAUUAGUAAAAGUAUCUAACACUUACGGAACAGAUUAUGUACAAAACCUUAACCUUCUACAAUGCUAA